AUGUGUGAGGUGGAUGUGACCCCAGAACCAAGCAGUCCCACGCUGCUCAGCGAAUCUACGGACACUUACUGUCAGACCGACCGAUGGCACAGGCUCCGCACCAGCGUUCGCAAACUUGACUUCUGGGAAGAUUUCAGCGCUGAGCUUAUAGGCAGCGGUUUCUUCUCCAAAGUCUACAAGGUGAUGCACAACACCACUAAGAAAGUAAUGGUGGUGAAGAUCUACAAGAAUGAUGUGGACCAGGACAGCAUUGUAAAAGAGAUCAGCCUACUGCAGAAACUCUCCCACCCAAACAUAGUGAGGUAUCUUGGGAUCUGCGUCAAAGACGAAAAGCUGUAUCCAAUACUUGAGUAUGUGAGCGGAGGUUGUCUGGAGGAGUUGCUGGCGCGUGAUGAUGUCACACUGUGUUGGAGGGAGAAGGUGGAAUUAGCCUGUGACAUCAGCAGAGGCAUGGCCUACCUUCACUACAAAAACAUCUACCACAGAGACCUCAACUCCAAGAACUGUCUGAUCCGUGUGACUGGGCGUGGCAGGGAGGCAGUGGUGACGGACUUUGGCCUGGCCAGAGAGGUGGGGGAGCUCCCUGCUAACGAUCCCGAGAGGAAGAUGUCGCUGGUGGGGUCUGCCUUCUGGAUGGCCCCAGAGAUGCUGAGAGGAGAACCAUACAACCGGAAGGUGGAUGUGUUCUCUUUUGGAAUUAUGCUGUGUGAGAUUCUGGCCCGGAUCCCAGCCGACCCAGAGGUUCUGCCCAGAACCCAAGAUUUCGGACUGGACGCGGAGGCUUUUGCGGAGCUGGUCCAGGGCUGUCCCCAGCGUGUGCUGGAACUGUCAGCCAGCUGCUGCCUGAUGGAUGCAUUUCGGCGACCCUCUUUCUCUGAGCUGGUGGAUGAGCUAGAGGACAUUGCUGAGUCCCUGGAGCCACCAGACCCUCUACUGUCCACAGGGUGA